AUGUAUGAUUCUACGGCCGCUGCUGCCCAACGAAAUCGUGCCGAGGACAACCACCAGAGAGUCAAACGCAAGAGAGACAUGUCAAAGCCUGCAGAAAAGGAUGAACUAGACCUCUCGUCUCCGCAGGAGAGCCUCCGUGAACUGCUGAACUACCAGGCACGUCUCCGAGACCAGAAAUCUGGCUCCGAUGAAAUCGCCACCCGCCUGGAUCGGCUUACCUCCAUGAUCGAACGGCUUAGCCGUACAGGUGAUGCGCACAGCAUUGAAGGAAACACCGCGGGAGGUGGGAGUGCCGGCUCAAAUGUUGCUGGAAGGUCUGGAAUUGUUGAUGGUGCGUCAGGACGCGCUCGCAACAAAUCGGUCUCAUCAUCGGCCUCCGUCUCGCGCCAGUCCAGCCCCAGGCGUAAUUCCGACGAUGCUAGCAACGAUGAUUUCCCAAUCCCAGCUGGUCUUUCUACCGACCUUGUUGACCCUGUGGGUACCCUGAAUUUGGGACACUUGAGUCUGGAGGAUAGUGGUAGAUCUCGAUAUGUUGGGACCACUUACUGGGCUUACAUCUCGGAUGAGAUUAAUGAGCUAAAUCAACUCCUCCGAAACCAGAAUCGCUCCCAACCACCGAUUAUACCCCAGCCAGCUCCCUCUAAUGGUGGCAAUGAUCCCUCGAUAUCCCCAGUGCAAAAGUCGGAUGAAUCUAACAGCCAGGUCCAACAGUGGCUGGCCACGCAUGAAAGUAACAUGCAUGAUUCAAUCCUCUACCCAAAGGCCGGCGGACCUUCUUCACACAUAAAGCCUAUACAGGCAGAUAUGCUCAAUCACGUUCCAACAAGGCAUGAAAGCAACAUCCUAUAUAAAUCUUUCAUGUCCGGCGUCCAAGCUAUCAGCCCCGUUCUCCACCCUCCCAAUGUGCUCAAAUCAUAUGAAGAAUUCUGGGACUGGUAUGCCAUGUAUAGACAACCGGGAGCCCCGUAUCCUAGACCUUCUUUUAUCCCACUCCUUUAUGCCAUCUGGUACGGUGGCUCAGUCACCGUCUCCCUAAAGACAAUCCAUGCCGAGUUCAACCUUGAGUCACGCUCGGCGUUAACCGAACCUUUCCACGAUGAAGUCACUCGAUGGCUAAAGACCAUAUCUUUCCCUCGAAGCCCAUCCCUCAACGGCCUGGCUGCCUUCCUCCUUGUCCAAACCAUCCUAUCCAAGGAAGAAGAACCUUUGACCAGCAGCCUCUUCACAGUUUGGCCCUUCGCGUAG